AUGACAGAAAUUAUUUACUUUGGUGAUUAUCAAAUGUUUAGAAAAUUGAAAGAACUUUACAAUGUUUCUUCCAAUUCUUCCAAUAAUUCAGAAAAGAAAUUGAUGAAAAGAAAGAAGAAAACAUGUUUGGAAAAUAUUUCAUUCAUGUUCAAGGAAAAUCACUUUCAAUUUCCUCCAAGAUUGAACAAUAACAAUGCAAAUUAUCAUGGAUCAAAAAGUCAAUUCGGAACCAAUGUCUUGUUUGAAAAAUUGAAAGUUUUCAAGAAUGUAAUUGGAGUAUUGACAUGGAAUGGAGAUGAAUUCUUUCCAAGUCAAACCUUGACAUUAUUUGAUUUGAAUAGAAGUGAUUCAAUUGUUCAUGUUUUGGAAUUGAGUGAAGAUGAAAUGAUUAAUGAGAGAAUUAUUGAUUUUCAAUUGGGAGAUGAUUUUGUAAUUUGUCAAACUGAAUCUACUCAAUUAUAUUUCAUUGGAUUGUAUUCAAAUCAGUCAUCUAACAGCAACAAUCGUCGUGCUGAUAUCAAAUACUACUGUAGACCACUACCAUGUCAAAAAAUGGGACAAAUAGAAUGGGUGAAAUGUGGUUUGAAAACAAUCCUUAUCAAAACUCUUUCCCAAAAUUUCUACGUGGCUGAUGUGGAGAAAUUGAAUUCAACCCCAAAUCCAAAACCUGUAGAUCAUUUAUUCAAAUAUCCAGACAUAUUUGAUGGAGUUAUUGGAGAAGAUUUUGUUGGAUUCAUAGGAGUAGCACCAACUGGAUCUCAUUCUAUAGAUAAUAAUUGUGUCCAUUUGUUUCUCAAUAAGGAAAAGCUACUUGCUGAUAAUCAUACAUUAUUAUUUAAGGAAAACAAUAAGCACUAUCUCAGUAAUGGUUGGGGUUGUGUCAGUGACGCCAUUGAUAAUGCAAUUUACAGAUCUUUUCCAGAGGAAACCGUCACCAUUAAGAAUAUUAUUGGAAACCCAUCAGUAUAUUUGAUACGGAAUGUUGUGCUGAAUUAUUAUAUCGGAAAUAAUAGUAAAUUGGACACUUAUAUGACUUGUCCUCAUCGGUAUUAUUUGAGUUAUCUUGAUAAAGAGGUAAAGGGGAAACCAACAGUUCCAAUUAUUAGGGGAUCAUCACUUCAUGAAUCUUUGGCUCACUUUUCUAAAUUAUAUAAUUUGGUCUAUCAGGAAAUUGAGAAGGUAGAAGAAGAGUCUGGAUUAUUCUUGACUGAGGCAAAUCAUAAAGCAAAACUGGCCUAUUCUCAUUAUAGACCAGCAAAAGGAGUGGAUUUGGAAGUGGAUUUUGCUAAAAACAUUGGAUAUAACAAGAUUAUAGCCUCUGAGAUUGUUAAGAAAAUCAAAAAUGAUGUGGAAUUGAAUAGAAUUUUACAACAGAGUAAUGAAUUGAUUGAUGGAACAAAUAGGACUGAAAAUCCAGAAUUUUUGGAUUUCAUAACCGAGAGAGCUGUCAAGACAUUUAAUAGACAUGUUGUUGGAUCUGCAAAGGCUGAAUCUAUCUAUGUACCAAAAGAUGUCGUUCAGGAAUCCAAAGAAAUGCUUAGGAAUCAAAUUAAGAGAGAAUUGACCAAUAUACUACUGCCACCAUCAUCUCUAUUCCAAAGCCAUAGUGCAGCUCAGCAUUUUGGCAUGAAUGGUAAUAGAAGACCUGUCUUGAUCGAAGAAAGUUUUGUACUGACUGGUGUUGGAGGUUCGUCAGACGUUGAUUUGGUUGUAAUCUUUGAUAGAGUUGAUAUUGAGAAGGAUGAAAAUGAUCAAUCUAAAUACGUCGUAGUGGAAUAUAAGAGCUCUAUCAAACCAAAAUAUUUGAGUGGAUUUGAAAAACAAUUAUCAAUCUAUCACUAUGCUUUCCAACAAUUAUUUGGAGAAACAAUUUCAAAGAGUAACCUCACCUGUCUCACAACAGGAGAAGUCUAUUCAUUCACAGAUGAUAAAUUUGAUCAUUCUGCCACUGAGAAUAUGAUUCUCGAGUAUGCAACUAAGAGUAUGUUGUCGAUAUUUUAA